GGUCUGCGACAAGCCGCACUUCCUCGUCUUUGCCAGAAGCACCUUUCGUGCCCUCGCCGAGCGCUCAGCUGGGACGUCCACCGACCCCCCCCCUCCGGCUUCGUCGGUCGCUCUCCGGCCGCGCCGCUCCAGAAAUCCUCCGCGGGGAAGGGCUUACGGCGAUCUGGAGGUGGCGAGCGAGCCGGCUCAGCUCUAAGAUCGGCGGGUCUCGGAGGCUUUGGCUUUGCAACUUGGACGCAGCGAUGUCCAAGCCGCCGCCUAAACCAGCUAAGCCAGGGCAGGUAAAAGUUUUUCGAGCCUUAUAUACAUUUGAACCCAGAACACCAGAUGAACUGUAUUUUGAAGAAGGAGACAUUAUCUACAUUUCUGAUAUGAGUGACACAAAUUGGUGGAAAGGAACCUGUAAAGGAAGAACUGGACUAAUCCCCAGCAACUAUGUGGCUGAACAAGCAGAAUCCAUUGACAAUCCAUUACACGAAGCUGCCAAGAGAGGAAACUUGAGCUGGUUGAGAGAAUGUUUGGAUAACAAAGUUGGUGUCAAUGGAUUAGAUAAAGCUGGAAGUACUGCCUUGUAUUGGGCAUCUCAUGGUGGACAUAAAGACAUCGUGGAAGUGUUAUUGACACAGCCAAAGGUAGAACUAAACCAACAGAAUAAACUAGGAGACACAGCUCUGCAUGCUGCUGCAUGGAAAGGUUAUGAAGAUAUUGUAGAAAUUUUGCUAGGAAAAGGGGCCAGGACAGACUUAAGAAACAAUGAGAAAAAACUGGCUUUCGACAUGGCUACCAAUGCUGCUUGUGCUUCCUUGCUUAAAAAGAAACAAGGGCAAGACAUAAUGCGAUCAUCAAGCAAUGCAGAAGAAUAUCUUGAUGAUGAAGACUCUGACUGAAUUGCCUUAAUUUUGCCUUGAGAAUCAGUAGCUUCUUCUUUUCAUCUUUCUCAGAUUCUUUUCCUCUGCUGUGACAAAAUAUUUUUAUCACAAUGUGUGCUACUAUAAUUUAAGUAUGGGGAGACAUUCCUUCCUUAUAAAAAAAGCUGUCCCUCAUUAAGACUAUAAAUUCCCUAAUUGCUUUUUAAAUUAUUUGUCUAGAAGAGGGCUAUGUUGAAAUAGGCUUCACCCUUUAAAUAACAGGUAUAGCAUUUAGAGAUGUCAGCCAUUUAGGGUGGAUGGGAAAUAUAUAUUCAACUUAAAAUGACAUGUUUUGGACUAUUUUAUGGAGAAAAACAUCUCAGGAACUUGGAUUCUCCAUAGAACAUUUUCACCAUCACUCCUUAUCCGCUCUCUUCCCCCUCCAUAGAUAUUUAUAGGUUGUCUCUCAUUAAGUUGAUCUACUUUGUGCUAGAACUCCUAAUGGCAGGUUAUGUAAAGAAAACUUGGGCCAGGGAGCUAAAAUUAAAUGACUCCUUUAAUGUUUCCCUUGAGAACUGGCUGUGAUUGCAAUUACAGUGAGUUUAUUCCCAUGGCACAAAAAAAAGUUGUUUCGCACCAGAUGAGACAGGGAGGGAAUAAUCUUGAGGGAAGAGACAAAAAGGGAAAGGAAGAUUGUUUGGUCAGCUAAAAUGCAGCCAUUUUGCCUUGAUAGUUGUUCACAGCAGUCUUUUGCAAUCUAAUACUCUCUAGGACAGGGGAGUCCAACCUUGGCAACUUUAAGACCUGUUGGACUUCAACUCCCAGGAUUCCUCAGCUAGCCAUGGAAUUCUGCGAGCAGGACACCCCUGCUCUAGGAGUCUUGUCAGUACAAUUAGAUCUGGAGGAUAAAAGGAGGCCUAAUUCUGUCUUCUACAAUGAAAGAACUGUAGGGAGAAUUUGAUCCUAAAGACAAGGAAUGUAUGUUUAAGCUCAAACCCGUCCUCCAUGAUAAUUUCAGAGAUGAAAUGAGGCUGAGCCUUCUCUUUCUCUCUAAUUUGUAUGUGUGAGAUAUUUUCCCAAUAGUUCAUCUUCUUGUCCCUUAUUUCACAGAACUGCUGCCCUCUGUGUGUGCGUGUGUGUGGGUGUAUGUGUAGAUGUGCUUGUGUGUGUCCAAGUCCUAAAUUUUAAGUGGAGGGAAAACUAGGUAAGAAAUCCUCAUUUGUCUUGCUUUAUGGCUUUAUGAGAUAAUAAGGCAGGAAAUGUGGCAUUUGUCCAACUGAAUACAUGCAGAAUUCUGUUAAUUUAUCUGCACCAUUUCCACCAGCUGUCUUUUUCACCUGAAGGUCUGGUCGAAGUUGUUGCUGCAAACGAAUCCAGCAUCUGGAUUAAGAGAGAUGCAAUAGGCCAAUCCAUUUCUGCCAUUUAUUAUAUCUGUAGAUUACAACAUAGAGGUGGCAGUAAAUCAUUUUUCCCGAAGUGUUCCUGGCUGCAAUAAUGGGAGUUGCAUUGAAACACAUCUGGAGUAUGUAAUAUUGGGACUCAGUCUUCAUGUAUUUAUACUAGAAUUCAUUCAUUGAGGACCAUGGUAUAUAACCUUCUAUUUGUACAGGUUGUCCACUUAAUUUGGGGAAAAUUUACCUGGAGAUACUCACUAUUCUGCUGUAAUUUGGAAGAUAUUUGUGGUUGUGUCUGUAACAGGAUGAUAAUGACUCUUUUCAUCAUAUGCUCUUAAUUUUCCUGUUUCUUUUCACCUUUAAAGUAUUUCAUUUCAGAACGGAAAUGUUUCUGAAGUCAUGUGCGAUGUAAAAAAGCCUACAAACCAAAAGUAUCUUCAGAAAAAGAUUCAGUAUGAAUAAAUAUUUUUAAAUGCUUUGAAA